AUGGUUGCCAUUCCAGUCUGGGCCUUGAAGAUCGGCUGUUUCUAUGGACUUAUAACCUGCGACACUGCCCCGGGUGUUUGGCCUGAGAACAAUCCAACUGUCAUUGCCUAUCACCCUCCAACUUCGACUCCCUCUAGUAUUCCUAGUAGUUCGGGUGGAGUGAGCUCAACUGCUGUCGCUACUUCUGUUCCCUCGUUGACCCCCUCGGUCUCGGUUUCCGUCUCUGUCUCGGCCUCUACCCCAAUUGGUAGUGGUUCGUCCAUUGUAACCGUUGCCCCAACCAGCACCCCUGGUGCUUCCACUUUCGUUACCCUUACCACUUCCGGUUCCGCUUCGAGUUCAGUGAUCGUCACUGUCCCGUCAGGCUCUUCCACCCCUGCUCAAAGUGGGUCUUCAUCUGUCUCCUCAGGCUCCGCUUCCAGCUCUGUGGUUUCGCCUCCUGGAAGUUCUUCCGCUAGCGCCUCUCCUUCAUCUGCUGCUUCUACCAGCCCGGCUGCUUCUUCCUCUGCAUCCAACAGUGUCUCUUCUUCAGCCACUGUUCCCCCAGGAAGCUCUUCUUUGAGCAUCCCUGCUUCAUCGUCGGCUGCUUCUUCAUCGGUCGCUUCGUCUUCCGUUGCUUCAUCGCUCGUUUCCUCGUCAGCUGUUUCUUCAUCAGCUGUCUCGUCUUCGGUUGCUUCGUCCUCUGUCGCUUCCUCUUCUGUUGCUUCCUCUUCUGUUGCUUCCUCUUCUGUUGCUUCCUCUUCUGUUGCUUCCUCCCCGGUUGCUUCGUCCUCGAUCGUUUCCUCGUCGGCUGUUUCUUCCUCAGCUGUCUCGUCUUCUGUAGCAUCUUCCUCUGCUGCUUCAUCUUCCGGGGCUUCAUCUGCACCUGUCUCAUCAAGUGCUUCGUUGACUACUCCCAUUAUGUCUUCCACCUCUAUCUCCAUCUCGGCUUCUGCCUCAGCCACCCCGCUGAAUCACGCCGCCGUUGCAGCCAACAUUCUGGUCAUUGCCAGAGAUGCUGCUUCCGCCGGUGUCGCCAGCUCUGGUCUCAAUGGAUAUGGUAUUCCAUUCACCACUCUGAUUGUUCCCUCCGCCGGUGUUACUCUUCCCGAUCUUAACGGUACUGCCGGAGGAAACUUCGGCGGUAUUGUCGUUGCCUCUGAAGUCAGCUAUGACUACGGUACCCUCGGCUUCCAGAGUGCCCUGACCACCGAUCAGUGGAACCAGCUUUAUGCUUACCAGCUCGAGUACGGUGUUCGCAUGGUUCAAUACGAUGUCUACCCAGGCCCCAACUACGGCACUACCGCCCUUGGUGGAUGCUGUGACACUGGCGUUGAGCAGCUCGUCUCCUUCACCGAUACCAGCGACUUCCCCACAUCUGGCCUCAAGACCGGUGCUGGUGUCAGCACCAGCGGUUUGUGGCACUACCCCGCGACUAUCAGUAACACCACCUCGACGAAGCAAAUUGCCUCUUUUGCCGCCACCACUGGAUUCACCACUGAAAGUGUUGCUGCUGUUAUCAACAACUUCGAUGGCCGUCAGCAGAUGGCUUUCUUCAUUGGAUUUGACACCACCUGGAGUGCUACUUCCAGCUACCUGCAGCACGCAUGGAUUACCUGGAUCACCCGUGGUCUGCACGCCGGAUACCGCCGUGUCAACCUGAACACCCAGAUUGAUGACAUGUUCCUCGAGACCGACAUUUACUCUCCGGCUGGCACUACUUUCCGUAUUCGCCCCGAGGAUUUGACCAACGUUGCCACCUGGACUGAUAGCAUCAACGCCAUCAUGCCUGCCGGCAGUUCUUACUUUGUCGAAGUCGGUCACAAUGGUAAUGGUAACAUUGAAAACGCUUCCGACAGCUCAGACCAGGGUUGGGACACUUGCGGUGCCGCUAUCGAGUACGAUGGACCCGUUGACACCGCCCUUGAGUUCCAGAAGCCCCUCGGCACCGGUACCAACUUGUGGCCCAACACUCCUACUGUCUACGACUGGACCUCUACCUGCAACUCCAUGGAUGAACUUCUGCUUUGGUGGACCACCGAGAGCAACCUCAACAAGUUUGGUCACAUUUCCCACACCUUCACCCACGAGGAGCAGAACAACGCUACCUACAGUGAUGUUUACAAGGAGAUCAGCUUCAAUCAGGCUUGGCUCAAGGCCGUCGGUAUUGACAAGGCUACCAAGUUUACUUCCAACGGUAUCAUUCCUCCUGCUAUCACCGGUCUCCACAACGGCGAUGCCCUCCGCGCCUGGUGGGUUAACGGUAUCACUAAUUGUGUUGGUGACAACACCCGCCCUGUUCUCUUGAACACUGAGAAUGCCAUGUGGCCCCUCUUCACCACCGUUGCCGCCAACGGUUUCGAUGGUAUGCAGGUCAACCCCCGCUGGGCCACUCGCAUUUACUACAACUGCGAUACUCCUGCUUGCACCGUGGCUGAAUGGAUUGCCACCUCUGCUGGCUCCGGUACCUUUGACGACCUCCUUGCCACUGAGAAGGCCGAUACCAUGCGCCACCUCUUCGGUCUGUACCACGAUCCCUACAUGUUCCACCAGGCCAACCUCCGCAACGCCGAUGUCGACCCGAUCACCAUCAACGGUGUGUCUAAGAAAUACUCCAUCCACGAGGCGUGGGUUGAGACCGUGGUCCAAGAAUUCGUCCGCCUCGCCUCGUGGCCCAUUGUUACCCUUACUCACCAGGAGAUGUCCGCUGCCUUCCUGGCCCGUUACAACCGCGACCACUGCGGUUACGCUCUGAGCUACGCCACCAGCAACAAGAAGAUCACCGCGGUCACCGUGUCUGCCACCGGCAACACCUGCACUGACCCCAUCCCUGUCACUUUCCCCGUUGCUCCUACCAGCACCCAGGGCUUUACCACCGAGCAGCUCGGCAGCGACCCCCUGACCGUCUGGGUUAAGCUCUCUGGCUCCCCUGUUACAUUCACUCUGUCUACCCCCAUUUCCUUGUAA